UUGCAAUGGUUCUGCUUUGCCCUGAGGGUGCAUUUCAAAACAUCCUACCUCAAUGGUAGAAGUUUCAAAGUUGACUAAUUAUGGCACAAGCUGUGAGGCUACAUGGUAACGGAAAAGCAAAAAUCUUGACAGAUUCACUCCUUCACAAAAGAGAGUCCUUUUAGAUUUAAAGGACUCACAAAAGAUGGAGACUUCACAGAGGUCUCCCGUUCUGUCAUCCUGUCUGAUCUCAAUAAUAGUUGUGCUGAAUAUCAUCCUGUGGAUGUUUCUAAUGUCAGCAGUGGGAUUAGGGGCUAUGCACCUACAUGACUGCCCCUUACAGCCUUAUAUCCCCAUCUACCUGCUGGUGAUCGGGCUGACGUCCAUCGCCUCCCUGCUCCUAGCCUACCUCAAUAACACACUGGAGACUGGCUUCCUGAGCCUACUGUGUUCCUCCUGCAUCUUCCUCCUCCAACUCUUCAACCUCGGCUGGUUCAUCACAGGGAGUGAGUGGGUGUACUCCAUAUAUCCCCCGAACUAUGACACGAAUGGUGGAGAGAAGUACUGUCAGAGGAAGAUAUACCUGUUUGCUUUCUGGUUCAACAGCCUGGGCAGCAUCUGUAUGGCUGUGGUGUUCUUCUGUGGAGUGUUCUUCAUCUUCCUUGCCUGUGUGAAAAUGGCAUUUAGGGGACACCAUCUACUCCAUUCACAUAAGAGAUCGUAUGGUGUGGACGCUUGAGAACUCCAUGGCACAGAAACCUCACUAACAUGGUUUUGCUGUUCUUUCUUUCUUUCUUUCUUUCUUUCUUUCUUUCUGUCUGUCUGUCUGUCUGUCUGUCUGUCUGUCUGUCUGUCUGU